UUCUCAUCCUCCUCCACUAUGACCUCUCCGUGGCCCGGAGGUCAGCUGGACCCAGAGACCAUUAAAGCCGGGGAGGAAAGCGUUGAUAGGCUUCUAAGAACCAUGCCGCAAGCAGAUCAAACCGAGGUGAAGACACUUUUGAGACUCAAUAAGAAAAUGGCCAAGACGGUGGGACACAUAUUCCACCUGGAACAUCAAGACAAGAGCAAAGAGGAAGAGAUUCGCAAAUACAGCCUGAGCCAUGGCCGCUUUGACUCCAAGAGGAGGGCAGGGAAACAGCUCACCCAUCAUGAGAUGCUCAUCAAUGAGGCUGCAGCUCAAUUCUGCAUUCGUGACAAUGCUCUGUUGUUACGCAGAGUUGAACUGUUCUCUUUAGCACGACUUCUGGGUUUGUUGUAUUAUCAUCUCAGGCCAUACUCAGAUGAUUGUACUGCCUCUGUUGACUGUUCUGCUCAGAAGAGAAUCAAGCUUGAUGUCACAGAUUCUGACAGACUGUCUAAGGAUCCAGUAGCCAACAGUGACAACAGAUCUACAGCGGAUGACAACAGCCUCUCUGGAGAAAGUCUAGAUAGUUUAACACAAGAUAUCAGCCCUCAGUUGCACCCCACCUCAUCCCCUCACCCCCUCACCGACACCACUGGCCUCAUCAACUGGAGUCGCCAGCUCAUGCAACAAACUCUCAUGGAUGAGGGCCUCAGAUUGGCUAGAAUGGUGUUACGUGACCACGCAAGCAAAGUCAGCCUAGGGUCAGAAAAGAGACAGAUUUCAGAGAUGGAGGAGAAAGUGUCAGAGAGGAGAGGAUCGAGUAACAGAAGCAGCAGUCCAGCAAACACCAAAGACGAUCCAUAACUGACAAUCUGCAAGUCUCCAUGCUGAACUCAGGUUGGAUAUCAUGUCUAAAUGCAGCCGUGGUGUUCAGUUCGCUAUGUUGAAUAGUCCUGUUCUAUAAAACUUGUAUGCACCUUAUCAUGUUCUGUCAGAACAUUUAAAGACAUUUGACGGAAAGUUAUUGUGUCUUUGCAAAUGAAAUUUGAAGCACAUACAGC